AUGCACAUCUCUCUCGUUACGCUACUCGGCGGUAUCGGGGCGCUCGCGGCCCCAAAUAUUCCCCGGCAGGCUCCGCCAGCUCCAGCUGUGCCGCUGCGCAUAAUGGCACUUGGUGCGUCUGUCACGUUCGGUACAGGCUCUACCACCGGCAACAGCUAUCGCAAAGACCUGCAAGACCUUUUGGUCGCCCAGGGAAUGACUGUAUCUUAUGUCGGCACGAGAACAAACGGCAACUUUGCAGACAAUGCUGUCGAAGCGACCGGGGGGUUCAGAAUCGCCCAAAUUGCGGACUCAGCAGACAAAGCCGUUCCCAUGCUAAAGCCGAACUUGGUCCUCGUCGAUGCUGGAACAAACAACUGCAACAAAGGCGGGGAGGUUCCAGAUGCUGGAGCCAACGUUACGGCGAUGAUCAACAAGAUCUACCAACAAAGCCCCGGAUCGACGGUAAUCCUGACAUCUAUCCUCGCCAACAAAGUCCCGGAGCAAGACGCGUGCCGUGUCAAGAUCAACGAACAGUACAACGCAGUAGCAGCUCAGUUCCAACAAUCCGGCGCAAAGUUUGGAUUUGUCGAUAUGCGAAGCCCAGAUGCACCAACACUUAAUGACCUGAACGAUACGAGACACCCGAAUGAUGGAGGAUAUGUCAAGAUGGCCAAUGUGUGGGCAAAGGGGAUUCAGGAGGUCAUGGCGAAGGGAUUUGUGACUGCUCCCAGCUGA